AUGCAGAGCUCCAUGGCGCGGAGACUCGGUCCAGUCUCAGUCAACAUGUGCGAUGGGAAGUCUCGGCAGUCCCAGCCCAUGGCGAUCCCUCGGAUGCUCCUAGAUCGACGUCAGGCUCUUGUACUCGCCGCCGCUGCUGCCGCUGGUACUGUUGUCAGCCCCUUUCCCUGCUCAGCGGAAGGAACGCGAUACGCCGACGAUGCGAGGGGUUUUGAGUUUCAGGUGCCGCAGGGAUGGAUUCAAGGAGAGGCGGAGUUCCCUGGAGGAAACAGGAACCCCGCUCGUCCCAAGAUCAUCUCCUUCCGCAGCCCGACGUCGGACGACUUCAACAUCGCUCUGGUCUCCUACAGUAUCCAGCCCGACUACUCCAAGCUGGGAAGCUUCGGGACCAUCGAGGACGUGGCCAAGAACAUCAUCGGGACUAACGAGAAGGCUUCGACGAUAGGCGAGAUCCUCUCGCAGAAGCAGACGAACCUCGGAGGCGGACCCGGAUACAUCUUCAACUAUCGCAUCAACGACAAGCGUCUCGCCACCAUCUUCACGACGAGUGUGGGAAGCUCGGGGGCGUGCUGGCUCGUGACUUUGACCAUGCAAUGCCCGGAGGCACAGUGGGACGACAACCAGAAGAGCGUCGAAGAAGUUCUCAAGUCCUUCAAGCUGGAGAAGUGA